CCAAAAUGUAAGCCCAGGAACUUCCGACUACACUUCUUCCAUUUUCUAUUGCGCAACUUCUUCCCCCACUGUAGUAUAUGCCCACCAAGAUCGUAGAUCCGUCCUCAAUGCGUUUUCUCGAUCGUCUACGCCGAAUAUCUGGAUUGAAUUUGUUUGAUACCUCCAUCCCGAUCGCUGCUCAAUAUAGGGAUCCCGGGAUCGAGUGGAAAAGUGAUAACGCUUAUACCCGACAAUGGACAGAGUGGUGGAACAAACGCGCUCAGGAAACAAUUCCGACAUUGAAUGGAUCUGUUACUGACGGUGCAAAUAACGUUACUACGACAACGACUUUGACGCCAGCCAGUGGAGAUUGCGAACAAGAAACUGUAGCAGAAACAGUAAUGACAACAACAGUCGACGAAAGCUUGGAAGAGACACUGUUGCAAGAAGUUCCAGAACAACUACACCAGAUAGCAGUAGCAGUCGAGGACGAUCGGAGGCACGUUAAUCUCACAACGGAGAAGCGCAUUCAACAAGAACAAGAACAAGAGCAACAGCAAGAGAGUAUACCUGUAGCUGAGAGUGAUUCUGAUUCUGCUCCUUUAACAGAGAAAGGCGUUCCAAAAAACCAGGAGCAAAAACAUCAGCAGCAGCAGCAGCAGCAAGAGAGUACAGCACCUGACCUUGUUCUUCCUUCAGGACAGCAAGGACAAGAGCAACAUCGUCAGCUUACGGAGCAGGAACAGCCGCUUCCUCCAGCGCCGAUUACCACGAUAAGACAACCUACUCCACCUCCAUCAUCAUCACUACCGCCGGUAUCACUGCCUGAAAUGAUGUUUGCACGACCAACACAGUAUGAACAAACAAAGUGCGAUGAUGCAGUUCAGACUGGUACCAAUACCACCAAUCGAACGUGUUCUACAUUGAGAAAUCGAUUCGAAGAGCUGCUGAAUAUUCUAAACCAUCCAGAUUCUGAGGUUUCUGAAGAUAAUUAUGGGUCGCAAGAUCCCGAAGAAGCUGUCAAGCAGUCGGGCAAGACAUCACUCUUGUUUAAACUGCUAGAUAUGAUAGCAGGCUUGCAAGCGGGAUUUGAUAUUGCCAUAAUCACUGAAAAUCACAACACGGAGUCUACUAUCUGUCAACUUUUGCGAUCCCACGACUACCGAUGCGAGCGUAUCCCGGUCAUACUGGAAGACAAUUGGGAGAAUGACCAUGGGGUUUUUCUCUCCACGGACAAGGAUAGAACCGAAAAAUGGUCUAGCCGGCCAACCAUUGACAUUGUUAUCGUGUUCGAUAUUCGUAUAUUACCUUCCGACGCUAUAUUUACAAAGAUUGACGGCGACAAACGCAGUGUGUGGAUGAUCACUAAAGGCACCAUCGAAGAACGUGCAUUUCCUAUACUAUGUCAAGGCGCAGCUGACCUCGAUACUGACGACUGGAAAACCGUUUGGAAGCACAAGAAGCUCCUCCAAAAUACAAUGUACGCCUCCAACACAUGGCAUGAUCUCGAUGAUACUGAACGAAUGUCACGCAAAUCUAUUGCUCGAGCUAUCCCGUCCCUCUUCCGCUCUUCUUUGUCUUCAAGGCAGACAAAAAGACCAGCGUCUCUGGGGUCCUCAUUGCGUGUUCCAAAACGUCUUUGCACUGCUACUUUUACGACUACUGCAAAUAACAUCAUGGUACCCUCACAUGGGCCGUCAGUGAUCAAUCCGAAAAAUGUCUCUACCACCACCACCCUUUCUACUUCUACAAUUGCAAUCAGCAACAACACGCCUCCAGAGCCGUUAUUGCCGGCCCCAAAAAAUGGCUGCGCUACAACUACUAAUACUGCUACUGCUACUGCUACUGCUACGAGCAACAACGAGGCGCAAUUGGAGCAAUCGUUGCCCGGUGCUGAACGUGUUAGCACUACUACAUUUACUACGAGCAACAGCAAGACGCCACCUUUACCGUCCCUGUCACCAUUAAAUACCACAACAAGAACCACACUUAUGUCUGGAGGCGGCACACAAGAAUCGCCCUUCAUUCUAAAUGAUAGCACUGACGAGGACAGCGAUGUGAAUAUACUAGAUGUCGGCGACGAUGAUGAUGAAAACGAGGCAGAUGUGCUCACAGCAGUACAGCCACCAACACCAGUUCCAGAUACGGCAGUGGAGACCAACGUAGCACUACAUCAGCAACAAGAAGAGCGUAAUUUCAAGCAAGAAGUCGAGUGUCAAGAGGAUAAGAAUGUUGAGAAGAAAGGAAACAUCGCGGCUCUUUCUAUAGUUAAUGAGGGUACAGAAGAUGUUGUAAAUGAAAGGAUGUCUAUCGACCGGGACCCUUCCUUGAACGAUGUUGAAGACCGUCCGUUGGACGUUGUAGACGAAGACCGUCCAUUGGAUGUUGUUAAUGAUGAAGACCGUCUGUUGGAUGUCGUUGGAGAAAACACCCCCUUGGACGUUUUGAAUGAAGAUCCCACUUUGGAUGUUGCUGGGAAAGAUCCUGCGGUGGAUUUGGAUAUUUUCAAAAAACGUGCUGGACAACUGAUUAAAGAGUUACUGACCUAUCCAAAGGCGCUUAACGUGGAACGGAAGCAAAAGGAAGUGACCAAAGCUGCAAGACUCUCUCGAGUUUUCAAAGAGAAUGCUACUGAAGCUGAAAUUAAGCUAUACAGCGACAAAAUACAAAGUGAGUUGGAAUCGAUAGAAUCAAGCUUCCAGGACGAAUAUCAAGAACUAUUGGAUACCUUGCAAAAUCAGUAUGCCAGCUACACCGCAGCAUUACAAUAUAAGUAUAGGGAAGAAGCUAUGAUAGCGCUGGAGAAUGCUGUUACCAGCCCAGGCAACUCAUCAAAAUUUCCAUGAUCCUUCACCCCUCAUACUCCACCUACUAACGUGGCAACAAACACACUGUUUAAGAUCCACACCUCUACCUCUCUUUUGACUAUAUAACAUACCCUUCCCUCCGACCGUUUUCCUUGUACAUGCACAAAAAGAACUUAUUCAGCAAAUAUGUACAUAUGUAGCCUAAGAAAAUUAGAACUUACAUAAUGCAUAACAUUAUUUUUUUGCUCCGUCAUUUUCAUGUAGUACAAAGUUUAUGCAUUUUCAUACAAACAAACCUCCAUUGUAUUAUUAACAUCCAUUAAAGUAUAAAAUAUACGCACAAUUGUCCCUUUAUUGCUUGUAUUUUGAUCUUCAUUUUGUCUGACGGGCGACAUAAUCCAUGAAAAUAGCAUAGAUGGAUCCAACCGGCUAUUUUUUUUUUAAAAAAAAUAAGGUUAUUUCAAUCUUUGUGUGAGUAAUACCUGGUCGCCAACGGAGCUUUUGAAUC